AAUGUUUCCGGUUCCGUGUUUCAGGACGAAUCUGCCGCUGCUGGAUUUCAGGCCCCUUGUUGAUGCACUUUAAUACUUUUAUAUUUUCUUAUCAGGUUAUUCAUUUCGACCCUUGAAGAGCCCUAAUUUUUGCAGAUGUCAAUAUUUGUUCAACACUAAAUCCCCGGAAUGGCUUUGAGAAACCUGUCUCUGAAGACUCUACUCUUUCUUUGGCUUUUUCAAGUUGGACGCAGGGGUUUGGCCUCUGCUCCGGAAGUCAAAGAGCCACCCAAGAAAAUUGCAAUAAUUGGAGGAGGUAUUGGAGGCACGGCGGUGGCUUAUUUCAUGCGGCAGGAGUUUGGGUCAGGAGUGAAGAUUGACGUGUUUGAGGCGGGGCCUGUCGGAGGCCGUCUGGCCACUGAGAAUAUUGGAGGAUAUGAAUAUGAGACGGGAGGAUCCAUUAUUCACCCCCUUAAUCUGCACAUGAAGCACUUUCUGGACAAACUCGGUCUGUCUCCACGAGCUGAUUUACCUUCUAAAAUGGCAAUAUUUGAUGGAAUGGAGCUGACCUUUGAAGAGAGUGAUUGGUUCAUAGUGAAUUUCAUACGCAUGCUGUGGAGAUAUGGAUUCAACUUCAUUCGGAUGCAUAUGUGGGUGGAGGGCAUCCUGGACAAGUUUAUGAGGAUAUAUCAGUACCAGCAGUUUGGUUACUCAUUCUCCAGUAUAGAGAGGCUGUUGCAUGCUAUGGGUGGAGAUGGUUUCCUCACUCUGGUUAAUCAGACACUGGAGGAGGCCAUGCUGGCUGAGGGCUUCACUCAGGUCUUUCUCAAUGAUAUUGUAGCACCCGUAACGCGUGUCAACUACGGCCAGAGUGUCAGAGUAAAUGGAUUUGUGGGUGCUGUGGCUCUUGCAGGAACUGACUCAGGUUUGUGGGCAGUAGAUGGAGGAAAUAAGAGAGUUUGCUCCGGGCUUCUGUACCAUAGCAAAGCCGAUCUUGUCCCGGCUCGUGUAACUACCAUCUCUGUGAAGAUGAGACCAUCCAAAACUGGUUCAGUUGCAAAUUUCUACGAGGUGAAUUAUGUCGGCAAGUCUGGUGCUGCCCAUUCAAUGUACGACAUUGUUGUAGUUGCCACACCUCUCCACCAGGGCGUAUCUGAGAUUAACUUCUCAGGCUUUUCCCCUCCUAUCCCAUCCCACUUCCCUGGCCGCUACCACCAAACGGUGGCCACCCUGGUCCACGGUCUACUCAACUUGUCCUAUCUGGGCACCACAGACAAACCUGAAAACUUUUUGGUCUCUGACGUCCUCACGAUGGAUAAAAAAGCCUCCAUCAUCCAUAGCCUGAGCUCUCUAGCCCCGGUGCACAUUCCUAAGGGCUACUCUCACCCCCCAGCCAGCCAAAGCAAAGUGUGGAAGAUCUUCUCCUCCCAGCCACUUUCUCAGGAGCAUCUGCAGCAAAUCUUCCUUUCCUGGGACUCCGUUGCGGAGAAGCGCUGGCUUGCGUACCCAUUUUAUAGCCCGCCACACCGCAGAACACCUCCAUUCAUACUUCACGAUCGCCUGUACUACCUCAACGCCAUAGAGUGGGCAGCCAGUGCAAUGGAGAUGAGCGCAAUCUCCGCUCGUAAUUUGGCUCUGCUUGCCCACCACCGCUGGUAUGAGCAGAUGGACAAAAUUGACCAAGAGGACCUGCACACCAGACUCAGAGGUGAACUUUGACAGAGCAGAGCAGUCCAUUUCAUCUGAACUGAUUCAUAAGCAAUAACAUCUCUUUCCUGAUUUAUACUGAAAUACUAAUGAAAAGUUUUGAUUGAAACAAAAUGCAUCUUUAUUAAUUUAUGUGAUUUACUCCAUUAUGCCCCACAAACAGUUGCUCUAUGGCCUGAUGGUUAGUUGAAGCAGAAUCUCACAAAGUCUGUCAGGAACAUGUCCAGCUCAUAUUUCACCCCAAAACAAAAGAAAGAAAUAAGAAAUUAUAUUUUGUAUACAAAAAAAUGAAGCCCAUUUUUAAGACUAUUUAGGUUGUAUGGAUUAUGACAUUAUUUUCAUGACAAUUAAGCACUUCUCCCUCAAGUUUCAUUACUGUAAUUCAGAAAAUCUUAUUAUUAUUAGUGUAGUGUGAAAAAAUCCAAUGAUUUAUAUAAAAGUAUGAAGAAUGUCAUCUUGGAAAUAUUUGUUGUAUUGCGUUUUUAAUUUAUGCUGAUUUUAACUGUCAUUGUAUUACAGUAUUUUAUUUUACUGUAAUACAGUAAAUUGUAGGGUAUACUAGUAAAGGCUGGGGUAUAUACCUUAGUAUAUUUUGGCCUUAAGUUAAACAUGACUAUUACAGUAUUAAAAAAAUAAAAAAAUAAAACAUCAAAAUGUAUUAUGUGUAUAU